AAAAAAAAAGGAAAAAAAAGAAGAAGACUACUAAAGCAUAAGGUACCUAUGCUGUCAGAGCUAGUACUGCCAACUGGGAUGCUAAUGCACACCAUAAUUAGGAACACAUUGGCCUCCAAUAGCAAGAAUUUUAGGUCCACUGUGAAGAGGGGAUGCAAUAAGCAAUUAAAAGUAAUAGUGGCAAGCAACUAUUCCCUGCAUCAUCAACUGUGGUUAUUUGAAAUUUAACUACCCUUAUUGCUCAAGCAAUUGAUGCACACAACUGGCCAGCCCAAAAAGUAAUAGCACAGUUCUAUAGUGAUGGGGCUCUUGUGUUGCCAAGUCAGCAUCCUAUGUGGACUGAGAUCAAAAAGUUGACAGCAGGUGGGGGAGGGGAGGUGAAGGGUGGCUGCUCUGCCUUUUGCUUUUGUGUUACUACCACCUUCAUUACCUCUGCUUUUCAUUUACUUUGAGAACAUUCUUUUUUUUUUUUCCUGCUUUCAAUUCUACAUUCCACCACCCCCAAGCCAUCAUUUCUUAGAAACACCAUUCAUCUAAAUAUCUUUCUCCCUGCUCUCACACAUUCAUCAAAGGCAAGAAAAUUUAUCACAGCCUUCAUAUUGUCAUUCUGAAUUCAAUGAUCAUAUAAUUCAAGAGCAAUGGUAAGAUUGUUCUUGAUGACCAUUACUUUAUGCACUUCAAUUUUUGCAUUCGUUCUGUUCUUCUCAACACAGGAAAAGGAUUCUGAUCAAGUUUGUGCUCUUUGAUGAUCCAGGGAACUCCUGUAAACAUCAUAGUUGGAUCCCAUGUCUGGGCUGAGGAUCCUGAAGUUGCCUGGAUAGAUGGAGAAGUUACAGAAAUCAGGGGCAACGAUGCCACCAUAGUCACAACAAGUGAGAAGACGAUAGUUGCACCCAUUUCCAGCAUAUACCCCAAGGACACUGAAGCACCACCAGCCGGGGUCGAUGACAUGACCAAAUUAGCUUACCUCCAUGAGCCUGGAGUACUCUGCAACCUUGCAUGCCGUUAUGCUCUAAAUGAAAUAUAUACUUACACUGGGAACAUUCUAAUAGCUGUGAACCCUUUCCGACGACUUCCACAUUUGUAUGAUGUCAACAUGAUGGAGCAGUAUAAAGGAGCUGCUUUUGGAGAGCUAAGUCCCCAUCUUUUUGCUGUUGCAGAUACCUGUUACAGAUCAAUGAUAAAUGAACAGGGAAGCCAGUCUAUCUUGGUAAGUGGAGAAAGCGGAGCUGGAAAAACUGAGACAACAAAAAUGCUAAUGAGAUAUCUUGCUUUCAUGGGUGGUAGAUCAGGUACUGAAGGAAGAACAGUUGAACAACAAGUUCUUGAAUCCAACCCUGUUUUGGAAGCAUUUGGCAACGCUAAAACUGUGAAAAACAACAACUCAAGUCGUUUUGGUAAAUUUGUAGAAAUCCAAUUCGAUAAGCAUGGAAAGAUCUCUGGGGCUGCAGUUCGAACAUACCUACUUGAAAGAUCACGUGUUUGCCAAGUUUCUGAUCCAGAAAGGAAUUACCAUUGUUUUUACAUGCUUUGUGCAUCACCUCCUGAGGAUGUGAAGAAAUACAAACUUGGAGACCCAAGAACAUUCCAUUAUCUGAACCAAACAAAUUGUUAUGAAGUGGCAAAUGUAGAUGAUGCAAGAGAGUAUCUAGAAACCAGGAAGGCCAUGGAUGUUGUUGGGAUAAACCAGGACGAACAGGAAGCUAUAUUCCGAGUGGUUGCUGCAAUACUUCAUCUGGGGAACAUUGACUUCAUCAAAGGGAAGGAUGUUGACUCUUCAAAAGUGAAAGAUGAGAAAUCACUCUAUCAUCUCCGGACAGCUGCAGAGUUACUAAUGUGCAAUGAGAAGGCACUGGAAGACUUGCUCUGCAAGCGUGUAAUAGUAACUCCAGAUGGAAACAUCACCAAACCACUGGAUCCAGCUGCAGCUGCCACUAGUCGUGAUGCUCUGGCAAAGACCAUAUACUCCAGAUUGUUUGAUUGGAUUGUGGACAAGAUAAAUAGCUCCAUCGGGCAAGAUCCUGAAGCAAAAAGCAUAAUAGGAGUUCUUGAUAUUUAUGGCUUUGAAACCUUCAAAAUCAACAGUUUUGAGCAGUUAUGCAUAAACCUGACAAAUGAGAAGUUGCAGCAGCAUUUUAAUCAGCAUGUAUUCAAGAUGGAACAAGAAGAAUACACAAGGGAGGAAAUUGACUGGAGUUAUGUAGAAUUUGUAGACAAUCAAGAUGUUCUGGAUCUUAUUGAGAAGAAACCUGGUGGCAUAAUUGCACUUCUUGAUGAAGCCUGCAUGUUUCCCAAGUCAACUCAUGAGACAUUUGCACAGAAGAUGUACCAGACAUACAAAGCACACAAACGCUUCAGCAAGCCAAAACUAGCUCGAACUGAUUUCACAAUUAAUCAUUAUGCUGGUGAUGUUAUAUACCAAGCAGAUCAAUUCUUAGACAAAAACAAGGAUUAUGUUAUUGCAGAACAUCAAGAUCUUUUGGCUGCCUCAAAAUGCCCUUUUGUUGCAAAUCUCUUUCCUUCUUUACCAGACGAAACAUCUAAGCAAUCCAAGUUUUCUUCCAUCGGUACUCGCUUUAAGCAACAGCUACAAUCUUUAAUGGAAACCUUGAAUACAACAGAGCCACAUUAUAUCAGAUGCAUAAAGCCUAAUGCAGUGUUGAAGCCAGGGAUAUUCGAGAAUUACAAUGUCUUAAACCAGUUGAGAUGUGGGGGCGUCUUAGAGGCAAUUAGGAUAAGUUGUGCAGGAUAUCCAACAAAGAGAACAUUCGACGAGUUUCUUGACCGCUUUGGUAUGUUAGCUCCAGAUGUUCUAGAUGGAUAUGAGGAGAAAUCAGCAUGUAUUGCAAUUUGUGACAGAAUGGGCUUAAAGGGCUAUCAGAUUGGCAAAAGUAAGGUAUUUCUCAGAGCUGGGCAGAUGGCUGAGCUGGAUGCUCGAAGAGCUGAAAUUCUGGCUCUUGCAGCAAGGCGAAUCCAAAGGCAAAUCCGGACACACCUUACCAGGAAGGAGUUCAUUACUCUACGAAAGGCAGCAAUUGAUACCCAGAAACUUUGGAGAGCACAAAUUGCACGUAGACUUUAUGAUUUCAUGAGGAAGGAAGCAGCUUCAAUCCGCAUACAAAAACAUGAACGUGCUCGUGCAGCAAGAAAAUCUUACACAACACUAAAAGCAGCAGUAACAGUCAUUCAAACAGGAAUGCGAGCAAUGGCAGCUCGAAAUGAGUACAGACAGAGGAGACGAAACAAAGCAGCUACUGCUAUUCAGAUACAAUGGCGAAGAUUCCAUGCAGUUACUGCCUAUAAUCAGCAAAAGAAAGCAACUCUCACUCUUCAAUGCCUCUGGAGAGCUAGAAUAGCAAGGAAGGAGCUUCGGAAACUGAGAAUGGCUGCAAGGGAAACAGGAGCACUAAAAGAAGCAAAGGACAAGCUAGAAAAACGUGUAGAAGAGCUGACAUGGAGAUUAGAAUUCGAAAAGCACUUGAGGAUUGAUCUCGAAGAAGCCAAGGGGCUAGAGAUUACCAAAUUACAAAAUACAUUGCAGGAAAUGCAAGCACAACUAGAUGAAGCACAUGCGGCAAUCAUACGUGAAAAAGAAGCAGCAAAAAUAGCAAUUGAGCAAGCCCCACCAGUCAUCAAAGAGGUACCAGUUGUGGACAACAGCAAGGUAGAGGUGUUGACAGACCAAAAUAAGGAACUUCAGGAAGAGAUAGCAGAAUUAAACAAAAGGGUAGCAGAAUUUGAGCAGACAUACUCUGAAGUGCAGAAAGAGAGCCAAGCCAGACUUAGAGAGGCAGAGGAGUCACAACUCAGGGUUUUGCAACUUCAAGAGACAAUUGGAAGACUAGAGCUCAACUUAUCAAACCUUGAAUCCGAGAAUCAGGUUAUCCGCCAACAGGCUUUAGCUGCACCAGCUACUGAGGAAUUUAUUGAAGAAAUGGAAAUACUCAAGAGAACGAUCAGUGACUUGGAGUCAGAAAACGAAACCCUUCGCAGCCAAAAUGUUGUGGUGGAGCCAACAUCAAUUUCUGAUAGGGAAUGUUCCACAGUAAAGAGUUUGGACAAUGGAUUGCAGAUUAGUAAUGGACCUCAAACAGAGAAAGAUCACGAAAGGAAAAUGCCUGAACAACAAUUAGCCAAGGAUUCCAGCAAUGUUGUUCCCUUCCUGACUAAACAAAGAUCCCUCACAGACAAGCAGCAGGAAAACCAUGAUAUCCUGAUCAAAUGUCUCAUGGAAGAUAAGAGAUUUAGCGAAAGCAGACCAGUUGCUGCCUGCAUUGUGUACAAAGCACUACUUCACUGGAGAUCCUUCGAAGCAGACAAGACAACAAUAUUUGACAGGAUUAUUCAUACUAUCCGAUCAUCAAUAGAGGAUCAGGACAACUCUAAAGUUCUAGCAUAUUGGUUGUCAACCACUUCAACUCUUUUGCUUCUGGUGCAACAUACAAUUAAAGCAAGUAAUACACCGAAUAUAGUAUCUCAUCGUAACAGGAGUCCGCCCAGCACUUUCUUCAGAAGAAUGGCACAGGGUUUUCGUGAACCUUCAAUAAGGACAGAAACUUCAAGCGGUUACAGCGGAAUGGAAGGAAACUCAAAUAUGCGAUCUAGAAUAGAAGCUAAAUACCCGGCCCUGUUGUUUAAGCAACAUCUUACUGCAUGUGUUGAAAAAAUAUAUGGCAUGAUCCGUGACAACUUAAAGAAAGACAUUGGUCCUUUCCUCAACUUAUGUAUACAAGCACCAAGAUCUGCAAGGACCAGAGUGCUGAGAGGGUCGUCUAAAACUAUCCAUUCCAAUUACAUUGCAAAACAACAGGCAUCCAAUGUACACUGGCAAAAUAUCAUCAAUAACUUGGAUCAUACCUUAAGCAUACUCUCUGAAAACAAUGUCCCUUCUGUUCUUAUAAGGAAGAUUUUCAAUCAGGUCUUUUCCUUCAUCAAUGUUCAGCUCCUCAACAGUUUAUUGCUCCGUCGUGAGUGUUGCUCAUUCAGCAAUGGGGAAUUUGUGAAGGCAGGUUUGCAAGAGCUGGAAAAUUGGUGUAUUAAAGCAACAGAAAAGUUCACUGGAUCAUCUUGGGAUGAACUUCAGCACGUAAGGCAAGCAGUGGGGUUCUUGGUUUCACAUCAAAAGGGUCAAAAGUCCUUGGAGGACAUGACGAACGAAAUAUGUCCGAUGUUGAGCAUUGCGCAAAUAUAUCGCAUCGGGACAAUGUUCUGGGAUGACAAAUAUGGAACACAUGGCUUGUCUCCAGAAGUAAUUGGCAAGAUGAGAGCAUUAACAGUGGAAGAUUCAACAAUGUCAAACAAUAUUUUCUUGCUUGAUGUAGAUUCAAGCAUACCUUUCUCCGUUGAAGAGAUAUCACAAUCCUUCCAUGAUAUGAGGCUAUCUGAUUUGGAUCCACCUUUGCUCCUUCGCCAAAGAUCUGAUUUCCAUUUUCUAUUGCAGCAAACAGAUUAAGAGUUUUCUUGUCUUAUCUACACAUUUCUUUACUGUUGACUGAGAGCAGUUAGAGCAGCCACUGGAGGUAUACUAAUUUAGUUACCAUUUGUUUCAAUUAUUCAUUAAUUUUUUUUUUUUUUUUGGUGGUGAGUGAUGAGAAAUCAAAUGUAAAAUUUGCCUUCUUUUAGCUUUUUCUUUAGCUCAGCUGGAAUUAGGAAAAUAGUAUCACAUUUUUUGAAUUGCGGUAGUGCUCUUGGACUGGGUUAUUGUAAAGACUGAUAUAAAGCAGGGAACUAUUUAAAUAUCUUGGCAGAGAAAAGCACAUUGGUAUUAUUUCAUCAGUGCAGAGAUCAUGUUUGAAAUUGCCUUCCCCUCUACUCCUCUAUGGUUCAACUGUCAUCUGCCUUACAGAGAUCCAGCAAAAUAGCAGAAGGCAAUGAAUGAGAUAUUACAAAGAUUUGCAUCAAAUGUCAGGCAUUUAUUUACUGUUAGGAGGUAGAAGUAACUCAUACGAAUAACAGCUGCUAACAGAUAUCCAGAAAACUUGCACAUUGACCAACAGAGCAGUCCUCCAUCUUUAUUAUCAGUUGUAAUUUGUAUCCCUUUAACCAUGCUACAAGCUCCACCACACAGAAGACCACCACUUCAUAAAGAAGCCUACAGCAAUUUUGUUCUUACAGUGGCCUUGGAAGUCCUGCAAAGGUAGCUUCAAGUGCAUUAAAUACCAGAUAAAUUAAGGGGGACCAAAAAUCUCAUGUGGUAGUGAUACUGAUGGUUGCUGAAGUAGUAACAGAUGACAAGGAGAUUUGAAAAUGGCUACAAAAGGACUGGGACGAAGCACUAUAAAUUCCAGUCACAUAUUUGUUAGCAUACACAAUGCAAUACUUUUCAAUGGUUACCAACAGGUACUGGCAUUAUGGAUGCCCAAAACACACUAAAUGCAUCAAAAUAUCUGUCAAAAAUCCUAAGUUACCUCUGGCUAAUAACUCAAUCAUGCUAAUACAACUUCAAGCAAAAUUACAUUAUUUGAGAACUUAUAUGGACAAUAGUACUCCAGGUUUAUCAUUCUCUCAUCCCUAGUGAGUGUUAACUACAGAGGUACACUCGGGUAAUUAUACGCUUCCAUAAUGAAGAGAGGUUUAUGCCCCUUUUCAGCUGCAAGUUCAUUUUAUCAUAAAUGCAGCAUCAUUAAGCCCACUAAUUUACAAAGAGAAUGUACCCCUAAAAUCCUUUCUGUAGACUUCUACAUUAUCAAAUAUCAGUUUCCAUACUCAUGUUCUGAUAUUUGACAAAUUGAAAAUACCUCUAGGGUUCAUAAACAACAAAAAAGAAGAAUGAAAUGGACAGAAGAUCUAUCAUAUUCUUUAUGUGGGUGCCCUUAUUAAUUCAUGCACCAAAACUUGGCAUUAAUCCCACUCUUCAAGGUUUGGAAGUACGGGGAUUGCAACAAUUGGCAAUUCAACUGGACCUCCUCAGCAUGAGACUCUUACUGAUAAGACAUAUAACCCUAGAUGAAAGUCUGUAAAGUUGAGUUAAUUAUAAUCUUUCAAAGAAGCAAGUUUAUCAAUUAGAAACAGGACGAUCUCACCAAAAUUAUUUGCAAUCAUACAACAGAUGCUGUCAAAUAUAGUCUAUAAAAGGGAAAGUAUAAAUCAAGAGUCUAUGAAAGAGGAUGUACAAAAGCACAACAAAAAGAGUUUUAUCCAGCACAAUAAACAGCAUUUCCACUCAAGCAAGUUAGAUAAAUGUACCUUAAACUUGUAGAUCAAACAAUCAGGCAGAGACUGAGAAAACAGAUAGCAUGUUGACUAAUUCAUCCCACAGCCAAAAAAAAAAAA